AUGGACGUGGACGUGGGCGUGGACGUGGACAUGGACAUGGACGUGGACGUGGACAUGGACGUGGACGUAGACGUGGAUGUCGACGUGGACAUGGACGUGGACGUGGACGUGGACGUGGACAUGGUUGUGGACGUGGACGUGGACGUGGACGUGGACGUGGACCUGGACCUGGACGUGGACAUGGACAUGGACGUGGACGUGGACGUGGACGUGGACAUGGACGUGGACGUGGACAUGGACGUGGACGUGGACAUGGACGUGGACGUGGACAUGGACAGGGACGUGGAUGUGGACGUGGACAUGGACGUGGACGUGGACGUGGACGUGGACAUGGACAUGGACGUGGACGUGGACGUGGACAGGACACGUGGAGGUGGACGUGGCAUAGAUAUGGACGUGGACGUGGACGUGGACGUGGACGUGGACCUGGACCUGGACGUGGACGUGGACAUGGACGUGGACGUGGACGUGGACAUGGACGUGGACGUGGACGUUGAGGUGGACGUGGACGUGGACAUGGACGUGGACAUGGAGGUGGAGGACUUGGAUGUGGACAAGGACUUGGACGUGGACGUUGACGUGGACAUGGACGUGGACGUGGACAUGGACGUGGACAUGGACCUGGACGUGGACUUGGACGUGGACGUGGACAUGGAAGUGGACGUGGACGUGGACAUGGACGUGGACGUGGACGUGGACGUGGACGUGGACGUGGACGUGGACGUGGACGUGGACGUGGACGUGGACGUGGACGUGGACGUGGACGUGGUCGUGGACGUGGACAUGGACGUGGAAGUGGACGUGGACGUGGACGUGGACGUGGACGUGGACGUGGACGUGGACGUGGACGUGGACGUGGACGUGGACACGUGGACAUGGACGUGGACGUGGACGUGGACGUGGACGUGGACGUGGACAUGGACGUGGACAUGGACGUGGACAUGGACGUGGACGUGGACAUGGACGUGGACAUGGACGUGGACGUGGACAUGGACGUGGACAUGGACGUGGACGUGGGCGUGGACGUGGACAUGGACGUGGACGUGGACGUGGACAUGGACGUGGACGUGGACGUGGACGUGGACUGGACGUGGACGUGGACGUGGACGUGGACGUGGACGUGGACAUGGACGUGGACGUGGACGUGGACGUGGACAUGGACGUGGACGUGGACGUGGACGUGGACAUGGACGUGGACGUGGACGUGGAGAUGGACGUGACGUGGACGUGGACAUGGACGUGGACGUGGGCGUGGACGUGGACAUGGACAUGGACGUGGACAUGGACGUGGACGUGGACGUGGACAUGGACGUGGACGUGGACUGGACGUGGACGUGGACAUGGACAUGGACGUGGACGUGGACGUGGACGUGGACGUGGACAUGGUCGUGGACGUGGACGUGGACGUGGACGUGGACGUGGACGUGGGCGUGGACGUGGACGUGGACGUGGGACGUGGACGUAGACGUGGACGUGGACAUGGACGUGGACGUGGACGUGGACGUGGACGUAGACAUGGACGUGGACAUGGACGUGGACAUGGACGUGGACGUGGACAUGGACGUGGACGUGGACGUGGACGUGGACGUGGACGUGGACAUGGACGUGGACGUGGACGUGGACAUGGACGUGGACGUGGACAUGGACGUGGACAUGGACGUGGACGUGGACGUGGACAUGGACGUGGACGUGGACAUGGACAUGGACGUGGACGUGGGCGUGGACGUGGACAUGGACGUGGACGUGGACGUGGACAUGGACGUGGACGUGGACGUGGACGUGGACUGGACGUGGACGUGGACGUGGACGUGGACGUGGACGUGGACGUGGACGUGGACGUGGACGUGGACGUGGACGUGGACGUGGACGUGGACGUGGACGUGGACAUGGACGUGGAUGUGGACGUGGAGAUGGACGUGA